ACACUCAUUACUCAACAACCUCUUCCUAUUGCAUUUAAUACAUUCAACAACUUCUUCAUACUCACCUCUCUAUUCCUAUCCAUCGAACUUUCCCUUCUCUUCUUUUCAUCUCACAUUUUUCAUUACAAAACCUAACUCACAAAACCAUAUUUAUCCACACUCAUCAAGAAGGACAAGUUAGUUUUCAUUGAUAUUGUAUCAUCUUUUGAAAAACUUCAACCAUGUCUUCCAUUCAGAUGGUAUCUUCUAACAAAUUUGGUUAUCAAAAACUAAGACAUGAAGUUGUGUUAGAUGAUGAAAGAGUGAUUCAAAGACCAAAGAAUUUUUUUAGGUUUAGAAGGAUUCCUAUGAGGAGAAGGUUUAGGUUGAAAAUACCAAGCUUGAGAAGACUUUGGAGGAAGAAAACAAAGGUGGUAUCUUCCAUGAGAGUUUCUUGUGCUAAAGUGGUGAAGAGAUUCAAAGAUGGACAAGUUCAUUUUGGUGAUCUUUUUGCUGGAAACUACUUGUUCAUGCAAGUCAAUCCUUCAUCACUCAACUACCUUGGAAAAGAUAUCUCUAUUCCCAAAAUUGCUUAAUGCAUGUCUUGUUUAUUUACUUUUGGCAUGCACUUUCUUAAGAAAUAAAUAUUUUGGUUUUCUUGUCUCUUUAUGUUUCAUGUUAUUAAGCCUAGCUAGUUUGCUACAAAGGUUCACAACUAUGCAAAGUUUCUUUCAUGUAUAUUUUCAUAUUUUCCUUCAAAUUUACUCACAUGAUAGGGGAUCUAGUUUACUUGUAUAGGGUCGGAUCAGUUGAAGAAUGGAAUACUCAUAUUUUAACAACCAUAAGUCAGAUUUAAAAAAAAUAGAGUCAUUUGAUCUUCAUCUAAUAGAAUUCAAGGAAUUCAGAUCCUUAUGCUUGUAAACCAAAUAUGUUUGCCUCUUGGUAAUUGUAAUUUACUGAUCCACAACUAAUAAUAAAUACAGUAGCAGUACAAGUAGUAAGUAUAACAUUUAUUAAUA